AUGGCUGCAGAACAGGCACUUGGACUCACAGCAUGUGUGAUUACGGCAAUUUUGUUCGGUUCCAUGUUUGUGCCAGUGAAACAUUUCGAAAUUGGUGAUGGAUUUUUCGUGCAAUUUUGUGUGGAUUUUGGUAUAUUUGUGGUUGGGCUAUUCGUCAAUUUUUACAUGCGAUUUCCAGCAUUUCAUCCACUAGCUAUGGUUGGUGGUGCCCUUUGGGCCACUGGCAAUGCGAUGGCAGUACCAAUACUGCGUUCAAUUGGUUUAGGACUGGGGAUGCUCUUAUGGGGUGUAACGAACUGCUUAAUGGGAUGGGCUACCAGCAGUUUUGGCCUUUUUGGUACAAAGGCAAUGCCGCCAGCUAGACCCGAGCUCAACUAUGUCGGACUUGCACUGGUUCUUCUCGGGCAAGUUUUAAAUUCGACCUUAGAUACAGUCAGUUCCAAGUUCAUCGAUUUAUACAUCGUGCUGCAGUUACACCAUUUGCGCAUUUUGUAA